AUGUUCUACAUGCAGCUGCUUAUGAAUAAGCGUGGGCCUUUGUCCAAGAUAUGGCUGGCUGCUCACUGGGAUAAGAAAGUCACAAAGGCUCAUAUAUUUGAAUGCAAUUUAGAAGCUACCAUUGAAAAAAUACUGUCCCCUAAGUUUAAAAUCGCUCUUCGUACCUCGGGACACCUUUUGCUAGGAGUGGUGAGGAUCUAUCACAGAAAGACCAAGUAUCUUUUGACAGACUGCAGUGAAGCCCUACUUAAAAUGCAAUCAACUUUUCAACCAGGGCUUGUUGAUCUUCCAAAAGGAAAUUCUGAGGCAAAUUAUGAUGCCAUCACACUGCCUGAAGAAUUUUAUGAUUUUGACAGUCAACUUCCAGACACGAAUGCCAUUGAGGUUGCCGAAUAUUUUACAUUGCACCAGAGCAAAACUGAGGAUAUCACAUUGACAGAAUUUUAUGGGCAGAAUGUUCUCAACAGUGGCAAUUUUGAUGAAGAAAUUGAAAUUCCAAGGCACGCUAGCUUUUUCAGUGACAGUUUCAUAAAUAGCUCCAAUAGCCUCCUGGCUGAUCACAGUUCUUCGAAUUUAACUGGAGACAAAAUUGCAUUAGAGUAUGAUGGAUUUGGAGAUGAAGGAGCUGGAAGAGAUAUGAUUGAUGAUGUUCUUGGAACUGACCAGAGUGGCCUCCUUGCAAUAUUUGACAUGGAAGAGGAACUUCCUUUACCCCACGAAGAUUCAACUGAUAACAGAAAAGCAGAAGCUACUUUGGAUCCAGACCUGUCUGCAUCUAAACAUGGAACAAGAAAUCAUCAACGUAAUGAACAAACCUUAUUGUGCAAUGAGGAAGAUGGAUUUGUUCUUUAUCCUAUUGUCGCUCCAGCUCUCCUAAAGAAACAAAGAAGCAAAAGGAAAAGGAAGUUACUAGUUGACACGGUGAAGCAGCUCAGCAGAGCCGCCAUGCAAAAGCAGCUGACAAGUUACGAGGAUACGCUAGCCACGUUGCACAUCGCACCUCCAACCAGAAAGCUGAUGGUUUUGCAAGAGUUGGGCAGUGUAGACAAACUUAUGACCAGACCCACCCAACCUACCUUUAGUGAAGAUCUGCAGAGGCUCUUUGCAAAAUGUCUCAAGACCAGAAGAACAAAAUGGCAAGAAAAGACUGACGAAAGAAGCAAACUACAGACUGCCCAAGACCUAUCAAUAGCAGAAAGCUUAAAUAUACAGCAGGACAUAAAUUAUCCCCCAAAAGAAUCUGUGUUACAAAGUAGCAGAAAUGAAAGGGAUGACAAUACAGUUUUUAAAACUAUGGGAUCCCUGACAAGUAAUUUGGACAAUGAAGAACAAAGAAGAAGUAAGAGAACAUUAAAGCUAUUAAAUACUUUCCGGCACUUCGAACAGCAAGGUGCAAAGUCCUUCAGCUUUCUCUCCCUCUGCAAGGACCAGAACAAGAAAGAGGUGGCAGAGAACUUCUACAGCUUGCUGGUUCUCCAGAAACAACGAGCGAUUGAGCUGGCCCAGUCAGCUCCUUACGCCGACAUUAUAGUGACUGCGGGACCCAGGUUUCGUACUCUCUGA